AUGGUUGACAUUGGCCAGAACGAUUCCUUGCCAUCCACCUCAAGCAGCUCGAACCGCGGCUCUAUCACCGGAGAACCAGGCGUCAUCGUUGACAAAAAAAGUAACAAUGCACUAUCGACUGUUGAGAAGCCUAUAGAAGCCGAGGAAGCGGCCAACUCGGACGAAGCCGACGAUGCCGGCGUAGAUUAUCCCAAAGGCCUUAGGCUGGUUUUGAUAAUCUUUGGACUGGCCAUGGCUGUGUUCUUGGUCUUCCUUGACAUGACGCUCAUUGCUACCGCUAUUCCGGCUAUCACGAACCAAUUCAAUUCUCUCCAACAUGUUGGAUGGUAUGGCUCUGCCUACAUGCUCAGCCUUUGCUCAUUCCAACUCGUCUACGGAAAGUGCUUUGAGCUCUUUUCACUCAAGUGGACCUUUAUGGUGGCCAUCGCAUUCAGAGAAGUCGGAUUGGCUGUCUGCGGAAGCGCCCCUAACUCAAUUGUUUUCAUUGUUGGACGAGCCAUCACUGGGAUUGGCUGCAGUGGCAUCAUCAUCGGCGCCUGGGUAGUCCUCGCACACAGUGUACCCAUUCGUCAACGUGCUGUCUACACUGGAUUUCUCGGCGCAUUCUCAGGAGUCGGUGGCAUCAUCGGACCCCUUAUUUCCGGAGCGUUGACUGACAGCCAUCUCUCCUGGCGAUGGGCGUUUUACGUUAGCAUACCACUCGGAGUCGCGACGUUGGCAUUGAUCUUCUUCUGCUUUCGUCCACCGCAGCAGCCCGACCAUAAACAUCCUAGGACUCUCAAGCAGAAGCUCAUGGAGUUUGACAUUCUCGGACUCUCAAUCUUCUUUGCUUGCAUGAUCUGUCUAUUAUUGGCCCUGCAAUGGGGUGGAUCCCAGUUCGCUUGGAACAGCGCCCCGAUGAUUGGAUUGUUGGUUGCCUUUGGUGUUCUGCUCAUCGGUUUCAUUGGUGUUGAAAUGUGGAAAGGAGACAACGCCGCCCUGCCUCCUCGCCUGAUGAAGAUGCGAAAUAUCGCAUUCGCUUGUUUCUACGCUGCAUGCGUUGAUGCAGCCUACUACACAGCUGAUAUCUGGCUGCCAAUCUGGUUCCAGGCUAUCAAGGGAGAGUCUGCCAGAGAAUCCGGCAUCAAGCUCGUUCCCUAUGUUGGCGGAGAAGUUCUUGCCGCUCUAACCGCCGGUUACCUUGUCACUUUCACAGGGUGGUACAACCCCUUCAUGCUUAUAGCGACCGUUUUGGGGUCUUUGGGUCUUGGCUUGAUGACGACUUUUGAGCUCGACACCGGUCCGAGCAAAUGGGUCACUUUCCCCGUAAUCGCCGGCGUGGGAAUUGGUCUGGGAUCCCAGCAGCCGAUGAUGGGUGUCCAAUCGACCCUCGCACUCUCUGAUAUACCUGCUGGUACAGCUGCUGUCACUUUGUUCCAGAAUUUAGGGCCAGCCAUCCUGAUGUCUGUCGCGAACACCGUCUUUGCUAAUGGUUUAACAAAGCAUCUGCAUGGCACAGGAGGACUUGAUGGCCAAACCAUUGCCGACAUGGGGGCUACGAAUCUGAAAGAUAUGAUUCCGCGGGAUCUACUUCCGGCUAUCAUUGAAGCAUAUAACAAGACGCUUAAGGAGACUUUUACGGUGCCGAUGGCUGUCGCGGUCAUCUCCAUCGUCGGGGUUCUAGGCAUGAAGUGGGAAAAGUUGCCUGGAUAGGUCAGCCCCCUCUCACAAUGUCGCAUCCCGGAUAAUAUGGCUGAG